GCGUUCCACGAUUACCUUCCCAGGCCCUGUUCCUUCCUCAGAAUUAGCAAGGAAUAGCACCGUGGGCUCUCCAAACCCUGCCUUCUUUCGGCCCUCAGUUCUCCUCUUCCACUUUGCCUCCCUUACAAGUAUUUGCGCCGGGCUUCUGCCAGGAGAUGCUGACACUCCCGCAGGCGGAGUCACGAGCACGAGCGUACGUAAGCGUGCGCCCGCCGACGCGAGGAGACCCCGCCUCCAACACAGCCCCGCCCCCGCUGGCCUUCCUUGCUUCGGUUGGCCUGCAAAUCCUGAGGACCACGGCACCAGCGCGUGUUCUACAGCCAUGGAGGUCCCCGGGAGCCUGUGCAAGAAAGUCAAGCUGAGCAACAACGCGCAAAACUGGGGGAUGCAGAGAGCAACUAACGUCACAUACCAAGCUCAUCACGUCAGCAGGAACAAGAGAGGUCAGGUGGUGGGGACCAGAGGUGGCUUUCGUGGUUGCACGGUUUGGCUAACAGGCUUAUCUGGAGCAGGGAAGACCACAGUGAGCAUGGCUUUGGAGGAGUAUUUGGUUUGCCAUGGUAUUCCAUGCUAUACUUUGGAUGGCGACAACAUUCGUCAGGGUCUCAAUAAAAAUCUUGGCUUUAGUCCUGAAGACAGAGAAGAGAAUGUUCGACGCAUUGCAGAAGUUGCUAAGCUGUUUGCAGAUGCUGGCUUAGUAUGCAUCACAAGUUUCAUAUCGCCUUACACUCAGGAUCGUAACAAUGCAAGACAAAUUCACGAGGGGGCAAGUUUACCUUUCUUUGAAGUAUUUGUUGAUGCUCCUCUGCAUGUUUGUGAACAGAGGGAUGUCAAAGGACUCUAUAAAAAAGCACGGGCUGGAGAAAUUAAAGGUUUCACUGGGAUUGAUUCUGAAUAUGAAAAACCAGAGGCCCCUGAAUUGGUGCUGAAAACAGACUCCUGUGAUGUAAAUGACUGCAUCCAGCAAGUUGUGGAACUUCUACAGGAACGGGAUAUUGUACCUGUAGAUGCCUCUUAUGAAGUAAAAGAACUGUAUGUGCCAGAAAAUAAACUUCAUUUGGCAAAAACAGAUGCAGAAACAUUACCAGCAUUGAAAAUUAAUAAAGUGGAUAUGCAGUGGGUGCAGGUUUUGGCAGAAGGGUGGGCCACCCCACUGAAUGGCUUUAUGAGAGAGAGGGAGUACUUGCAGUGUCUUCACUUUGAUUGUCUUCUGGAUGGGGGUGUGAUUAACUUGUCAGUGCCUAUAGUUCUGUCAGCUACUCAGGAAGAUAAAGAGAGGCUGGACGGCUGCACGGCAUUUGCUCUGAUAUACGAGGGCCGCCGCGUGGCUAUUCUUCGCAACCCUGAGUUUUUUGAGCACAGGAAGGAGGAGCGUUGUGCCCGACAGUGGGGAACGACAUGCAAGAACCACCCCUACAUCAAGAUGGUUAUGGAACAAGGAGAUUGGCUGAUUGGAGGAGAUCUUCAAGUCUUGGACCGAAUUUAUUGGAAUGAUGGUCUUGAUCAGUAUCGUCUUACUCCUGCUGAGCUAAAGCAAAAGUUUAAAGAUAUGAAUGCUGAUGCUGUCUUUGCAUUCCAAUUACGCAACCCAGUGCACAAUGGACAUGCUCUCUUAAUGCAGGAUACCCAUAAACAACUUCUAGAGAGGGGCUACCGGCGCCCUGUCCUUCUCCUUCACCCUCUCGGUGGCUGGACAAAGGACGACGACGUCCCUUUGAUGUGGCGUAUGAAGCAGCAUGCUGCAGUGCUGGAGGAGGGCAUCCUGAACCCCGAAACAACGGUGGUGGCCAUCUUUCCGUCUCCCAUGAUGUAUGCGGGGCCAACUGAGGUCCAGUGGCAUUGCAGAGCACGCAUGGUCGCAGGAGCCAACUUUUACAUUGUUGGACGAGACCCCGCUGGCGUGCCGCACCCAGAAACAGGGAAGGAUCUCUAUGAGCCGACUCAUGGCGCCAAAGUGCUGACCAUGGCCCCUGGCCUGAUCACUUUGGAAAUAGUUCCCUUUCGAGUCGCAGCGUACAACACAAAAAAGAAGCGUAUGGACUACUAUGACUCUGAACACCAUGAAGACUUUGAAUUUAUAUCAGGAACACGAAUGCGCAAACUCGCUCGAGAUGGCCAGAAGCCUCCCGACGGUUUCAUGGCGCCCAAGGCCUGGGCUGUGCUUUUGCAAUACUACAAAUCCCUGGAGAAAGCCUAAGCUGCUUGUCAGUCCCUGCGUCUUUGACACUUCAUGGAGUAACCAAGGGGACCACAUGGCUACUGUUGGCAUUUCUUUACGGUGGUGUCUGUCUGGACACUCUUCCUAAAAACACACCAUUUUCCUUAACUAGCAUCAGUCUUGGUCUGCCUAUGAGUUCUGUUUUGAACUAGUGUAACACACUGCUGGUUUUAAUGUCUCUCUUCUACUGAUUAUAGUUAGUAUUCCUCUAAUACAAUUUUAAAAUCUUGUCUUUUUAUGUUUAUGCUUCUGUCUCAUGAUUUCUCCAAGCUGUUAUAUUAGUUGUAGCCAAUAGUAUACACACCGAAUCUCAUUUUUCAUCCCUUGAAAAAAGGGAAAAAAAAUCCACUAAACAAUAAACUCGGCUAGACCUUGUUCUGGGACUUUUAUAAAACAUGUGUAGCGAUUAGAUUUCUUUUCUACAUUGAAAACAUAAACUGUUUCCUUCCUUUUGAUCCGCUAUUGAUUUAUUAUCUGUUAUAAUUAAAGUAUUCCUGUGAUCUGUGUAAGCCCAGAAUGAGCUUUCUUUAUUCAAUAAA